CAUCAUGUGAGGGGGGCCGGGGCGGGGCCCGGAGAGUCACUUUGUGACUCGGUGGCAGUGGCAGCGAUAGCGAUGGAGACGGUGGUACUGAGCGGGCUGGCCCUGGCGUUGGACCUGGCACUGUCCUCCAUGGCUCUGGAGAACGGGCUGGCGCGCACUCCCCCCAUGGGCUGGAUGUCCUGGGAGAGGUUCCGCUGCAACGUGGACUGCCAGGCGGAUCCCCGCAACUGCAUCAGUGAGCAGCUCUUCUUCGAGAUGGCAGACCGGCUGGCAGAGGAUGGUUGGAGGGAACUGGGCUAUGAGUACAUCAACAUUGAUGACUGCUGGUCUGCCAAGCAGCGGGACAUGACGGGACAGCUGGUUCCCGACCCCAGGAGAUUUCCCAGCGGAAUUAAGGCUCUGGCUGACUAUGUCCAUGCCAGGGGCCUGAAGCUGGGCAUUUAUGGUGACCUGGGCAUCUUCACCUGUGAGGGCUACCCAGGCACCAUGCUGGAACAUGUGAAGCAGGAUGCCCAGACCUUUGCAGCAUGGGGUGUGGACAUGUUGAAGCUGGAUGGAUGCUACUCGUCUGCAGAGGAGCAGGCAAAGGGGUACCCAGAAAUGGCGAGGGCCUUGAACGCCACAGGCCACCCCAUUGUCUACUCCUGCAGCUGGCCAGCAUAUCAAGGGGGUCUUCCCCCCAAGGUGAACUACACCAUCCUGGCAGAGAUCUGUAACCUGUGGCGUAACUAUGAUGACAUCCAGGACUCCUGGGACAGUGUGCUUUCCAUCGUGGACUGGUUCUUCACAAACCAGGAUGUGCUGCAGCCAGCAGCUGGCCCCGGUCACUGGAACGACCCAGACAUGCUCAUCAUUGGAAACUUCGGCCUUAGCUACGAGCAGUCACGCUCCCAAAUGGCUUUGUGGACAGUGAUGGCAGCUCCGCUCCUCAUGUCCACGGAUCUCCGGACCAUCUCCCCCAGUGCCAAGGAGAUCCUGCAGAACCGCCUGAUGAUCCAGAUCAACCAGGACCCCCUGGGAAUCCAGGGGCGCAGAAUUGUCAAGGAGAAGUCACACAUCGAGGUGUUUCUGCGCCCAUUGUCCCAGGCUGCCAGUGCCCUUGUGUUCUUCAGCCGGAGGACAGAUAUGCCCUUCCGCUACACCACCAGCCUGGCCAAGCUCCACUUCCCUGAGGAUGCUGUGUAUGAGGUACAAGACGUGUACAUUGGGAAGAUCAUUGGGACCUUAAAGACAUCAGACAACUUCUCAAUCAUUAUUAACCCCUCAGGGGUAGUGAUGUGGUAUCUCCGUCCCAUGGCACUCCUGGUACAACCCUGGCAUGUUGACAGACAGCAAGUCCCCGGCAAGGGUUUCUACCCAGCCUUUCUAUGACAGGGCCCAACGGAUGGGGUGUGGACCAAUGCGAGGGUAAGCCAUGAGACCCUUCACUGCACAAGUGCCUUUUGCUGGUGAGCCCAGCAAUGCUAGACAGUGACCAUCCCCUGGUAUCAGCUUGAUGAUGUCUGCUCCAUCUGUGUAGAUCAGGAAUUCUUGUUGCCCACUGCUUAAGGGUGUGCUGAGUGUAGUGCCUUGAUGAUUGCAAAGCCUUUUGAGAUCCUCCUGUGGAAGAUGCCAUAAAAGCAGAGUCCAGCCACUACUGAAGUUUGUCAGCUCUGACACCUGAGAACUUUAUUUCUUUGAGCUGGGGACUACUGGCUGCUGCAGGGGCUGUUUGAUCUACACCUGUAGAAAGGCUUUGGGUACUUUUUUAUCUCCUGCAGUUGUGACAUCCCCUUUUCCCUUUACCCCCCAGCAAGUGUGUGAUGUCGUUAACCUCAAGAAUCAGACUUGGUCACCUUCUUUCUUUUGCUAUAAUCAGCUUGGUUUAGAAUAAGGGGCUACAUCUCUCCCAUGUAUCCCCACCAGGACCAAGAGCUCUUGGAGGCAUAAUGGUCCUGUGCAGUGGGGCUUUACUGCAGGCCUGAUCCUAGAGGCCAGCACUACUGCACCCUAGUGUUUGUGCUAGCAUUGUAUUAAAACCCCUCUGGUAGAAGUUUACAGCAGAGCAGAGCAAAAAUCUCCAUGAGCCAUGCAUGACCCCAGAAACCGUACUGUGAUACACAGCAAAAGCUGCACUGCCGUAGCACAUUGUGUAGGAGUGUUGGCAGGAAGAUGCUGAUAGUCAGUUGAGGUGGCCUUUCAGGUUGGGAGUUGAUCACAAGCGUCUCCAAGCUGAAAGUUGCAUCCUUUCUCUAGAAGGAAAUUUCUGCUAAAAGGAGUAUUGGAUCCUACUCCAUCAGACUGAAAACUCAGGGUUUCUCAGGGAAAGGCUUCUUCUCCCAAGGGCCCUUGCAUCCACAGCUCUGUCCUGAGGAGGAGCCUGCACUAACAAACUGGAAGUUUGUUAGGACACUUAUAAAGCCCUCAACUGCUUCACCUACAUACAGCAGACGACCUAUGGAGGAGUUCUAGGUGACACAAGAUUAAAUGUCAUACUAGGGAAAUUUUAGAUUAGGAAAAAAAUUAUUCAGCUGUGGAAGGGUUCCUGAUCAUCUGUCCACUCUGGUUCCUGACGGACCAAAUGGUUGAUUCUGGCCCCUUCCAGAAACUUUCUGUGGGAUGCAGGGUCAAGAUACUGAACACAACGCUUGCAGCUCUAGCAAGGAAGGACUUUUCUGACAAGAAGCUGGCUUUAUUCUUGAGGAGUAACUGAGACAAAUUGUUUGAAUUAAAGGGAAGUAGAUCACAGAUUCUGUCUCAUUUGUUGCUAGCUACAGCUGUUUGGUAAUGUAUGAAUACAGGGUCAUUACCUCAAAACAGGAACAACUAUGCUAGGAAAUAGAACUGGUUUCCUGUUAGAAACUGGACUAAUAUAGAGUAGGAAAUGGCUUUGUAGUAGUUACAUCAUAAUCAGCAGGCCAGUGGCAUUCCUUGGCACAAGGGAAAACACAUUUUACAGUCUAUAGCCAAGUGCCAUUUUCCUUAUAUAUUUAUUUUUCCAUUGCUGGAAAAAAUUGCUGCUGAAGAGUUGCUUUUAAAGACUUUAAAGGCAUUCCCUCUGGUGUAAUGUACAUAGAAGAGUUGCUACGAAUGCAGCUGUAGUGAGUAGCAGUGUGCUGACAUGGCCCCUGCUACAUGCAGUGAUGGGACACGAACAUGUGCCAGUUCUGGAUACCUGGGCAUAACCACAGGCACGAGCCAGUCUUCCAUCCUUCCCAGGCAGCAAAGGGAUAAGCCCCACCUUCUUCACUCCUCCCAGUUACUUGAUUCCAGGUCCAGCUUAGCGGCAUACUGUUGCGGUGCUUGUUUUUCCUAAUGGAUUGUUCCUUUCCCCCACGCUAUUGGUUUUGCCGCAAUUGUCAAUCUUGUUUAAACCUGUGCUCCUCUCCUGUCACCUCAUGUCAAUCUUCCAUAGCCCUUACCCAUUCUUCUAGAAUCCUCUACCCUACUCGGUACACUGUUGGCUCCCUCGAAUGGUAUCCUCCCCCCGUGAGUUCCUAAUGGUUGAUGCACUGUCAAUCCCUUCCCGGAUUCCACCUCCGUGUGGUCCUGAUUGGCCCAAUUGCUGUAUCCUCCACCCCCUGUUCCACCUCCGUUCAAAAAUCGGGUGUAACCCCACCCCCCCGAGACUCUCUUCAGCGCCUGACUACCCACCCUCCGCC